AUGGCUCUUGUCUGCCGUCUCCUCCUCCUCCUCUUCCUCCUGGUGGCCCUGCAUGCCAGGGCUGCCCGGGCUGCUCCGUGUCGAGCACGGGGAGCAGACGAGGACGGUGGCGACGGUUAUCCAGCUUCUGAGCUGGAUGUUGGCUUGGAGCCCUCGGGGCAUCCUGGAGAUCCUCUCGUGGUUGGCGGCUUCCCGACUUCUUGGCCUGUUCCCGUCCUGGAGCCCGAGCGCAGUCCCACAGCCCUGCCUGUAGGCGAAGGUGAUCCAGUGUCCCGGCUGGGUUCCAGGACCGAGCCUCCGGCAGUUCGCGUGGGUCGUCCAAGGGCAAAGAACCAUGCUGAAGGAGGAAAAAAGUCCCUGGAGUCGUUGGAAGUGCUAAAGCAAGCGCUGGAGGAACUGGAGAAAAGGCACGAGACAGACCAAGAGGCUGGGCAGGAGCAGGCGUUUCCGGAAGGAAGCAGUGGCUUGCUGCCACCCUUUGUCAAAGAGACGGAGGCGAUGCAAGGCACCGGCAUGCCAGGUAACCGCUGUCCCGUGGUCAGCUGGGGUCACCCAUCAGGAUCGCUGUGUGGCGGCAGGCUCUCGCCCCGGUGCCCGCUCUUGCGCUUCACGUCAGCCGCCAAAGCUGAAGGAGUUUGGGGACCACGUUGCGCAGCUGAUGGGAAACGUGACUCUUGCACGACUGUACCUCCCGCUGUAGCUGCGUCCCAGAGCUUGCCGGGAGUCCCGGGAGGCCUGAGGCGCAAGAGCAGCACAGAGCGGGAUCCCUGCCGCCAGCUGAGGUCCAGAUCGGGCAGGGGCUUAGGGGGAACCUCCCCGUCCUCCUGCAUCCCCUGUCGCUGAGCCACGCUGAGGCUUUACCUGUCGUCUCUGCU